UUUCAUUAUGUAUUUAAUAAUUUAAUUGCAGAAGGAAAAAAUGUCCGGUCGAGAGGGUGGUAAGAAAAAACCAUUGAAGGCCCCCAAGAAAGACGCCAAAGAACUUGAUGAUGACGAUAUGGCCUUUAAACAAAAACAAAAGGAAGCUCAAAAGGCGUUGGAAGCUGCCAAAGCUAAUGCGUCCAAGAAAGGUCCUCUAGUGGGAGGAGGAAUCAAGAAGUCGGGCAAGAAGUAAAACACAAAAUUUUAGCAUUUAUUUGCAAUUGUCCCUCAACCAAGUUAACAAAUAAAUAUAUAGAUUUUUUUAUAAUUAAUAAUAUUAAA